AUGAGCCUGUCGAGAGCCACCAAAUGGGCGGUGAGCUUCACCAAGGGGAGGAAAACCCCAUUCAGCACAUUCCGAGGGUGGAAAAAAAAAGACAAAUAUGAUGACCUGGAGAAUAAACACCUGUACUGGUCCAUCAACAACAUGAAGAAGGAAUUUCUGGAGGGAGAAUCGAAUGACAAUUUUGUUUAUUCCAUCGAAAGGGAUAAAAUGGAAGAGCACAUUUCAGAUGUUGUGGGGAUUAACUCGUCCAUCCCAGAUAAUGAAGCCAUAAAUGAAGGGGUGGAGAAAUGCUUGCCAAGAGAGGGAGGCAAAGGGGAGUUCAUUCCAAAGGACAAGUUGGAGAGGAUGGGGCAGAUUUUUAACCCGACUUUAAAAGUGUUCGUAGAUAAAGAGGAGGGGGAUGACGAUUUGUCCGUCAGCUCUCUGUUGAGGGGCUCCAAAUGGGGGAAGCGACAUUCCAGCGGUUCGGAAUUUCUCAAAGAUUCUCCCCCAGGGGGGAUAAAAGGGGAAGGGAAGUUAGAAGUAGACGGAGAAGCGGAAAAACGAAGGGGAGAAGACGGGGAGAUGUUCCCAAAGCGUUCAUCUUGUAAGGAGACGAACGGGGGGAGGAUAGCUCAACCGGGGAGUACUACAACUCACCCACAGAAAAGUGACAGCCUCGUGAGGGAGACGGAAAAAAGGGAAUCCACAAGUAUGGGUGCAACCCCUGAUGAAUUCGAGCCAAAUUUGAAAAGCAACAGUUUACAGGUUAAACGACCUAACUGCGGAAGAGGGGGGAGAAAUAAACAGAAGGAUGAGGGGGCGAACACAACCAAGGAGACCAUCACUAAGGAGCAGUACAACUUCCCUAGCAGCGACAAACAGGAGGAGGACUCCCUCUUUAACUAUGAAAGUCUCAAGGGGAAGGGUCUAUACCAGGACCUAACCCACGACGAAUACCAACGCAUGAAAGAGCUGUACAUUAAGAAGUGUGACGUUGACAGGAAAAUCAGGUGGUUCAAAAUGAGUAGCAUUCUUAACCCCGUUAAAGAGGCAAAGAGUAUUGUAAAGGCGCAGCGGUUGAGUGAGGAUGCAGGGGGAAAGAAGGGGAAGAAGAAUGGGGAGGGGCAGGGGCAGCACAGUAUAGAAGCGGGACCGCACAGCAUAGACGCGGAAGAGUCAACUACCAACAUGGGAAGCACCAAGCGGAUGGAGUUACCCCCCGUGGAGGAUUUCCCCUUGGAGGAUGACAUCAAACCGUAUUACCAAGAGGAAGGGAACUUCUCCCAAAAAAUAAAAAAAAUAUGUGAGCAAAACCAGUAUGAUGAGAUCGUCUCGCGAAUCCGAAUGAAAAUCAGAAAAGAAAAAAUGGAAAACUCAAAAAUAAUGAAAGAGAAAAUACCAAACGUAGCUAGGCACAUCUUAGACCCCAUAAAAUAUCAUGUUAAUAGAAGAAGAGUACGGACGGAAAAACUCCUACACACUCACUUGGAGCAGCUACUAAAUUGUAAUAAUUCUUAUUUUAGAUUUUAUUUGCUAAACGGCUUGUCCAUUUCGAUUCACCACUUGGAAAUGAAGACCACGAGAUCUUUAUGUAAAAUUGUUUACACGUUAUUAAAUAAAAACGUUCAUCACGACAUGAUAAAGGAUAAAUUAGACAAAGUUGCUUUUGUUUUGAGGAAGUUGCUAGCGAGGAAGCUUCAGCUGGGUUAUACUCCCCCCUUGAAAUUCGUUCCCUUACAAGAGGAACAGGAAAAGAAGGUGAAAAAUCUGCACUACUAUAAGCUGUAUUCGAAAUGUAACUUCCCCGCUUUGGGGGCUUCCGACGCACGCGAGCGGGGCGCGCAGCUGAUGGAUUUUUACGGCAGAGAUUUGGCCGGCUUUUGA